AUGCCGUUCGGUCAAACGAUCGCCGUGAUUGACAAGUCCGGCAAGAUGGUGAGCACGAGUAAGCAAUUAUUCGGAGUUUUCAACCAUGCCAAGGAUGCCUAUCGCGAACGAAAGUCGGCAUAUCAAUCUGAGCGAAAUGCCAAAAUCGCCGAGCAACAGGUACUUGAACAGUUAGAGCGCUAUCAGAUUGAUGAUGCGCCGUCUGCGGCGGGUUCGCGCCGGAGCAGAUCGAGACAUCACGGCAGCCGUAGCCGCGCUCCGUCUCAAUAUGGCGAUGGACGGACAGUCGUCUCGCGCCGGGACUCUCAGUAUGAUCCCCCGCAGACUAUCGCCCGUCGUCAUACCCAUCACGAUGUCACAGUGCGGGAGCCUCCCCGUCCAUCAACGGCUAGGUCUAGAUCUGAUACGCAUAUUGACAUGGAUCUUGCAUACGGGGAUGCUUCUCCUGCAGCGUUGUCCCGGUACAACCCUCCUGAACCAAAGAAUGAUCAGAAAGAGCUGGAUGGACUUGUUCAUCGCGCUCAGUGGCUCUUAGAGGAGGCACACUGUGUGCAACACGGUGCCACUGCUACCAUUGCCCAUCUCCAAAAGAACCCAGAUGCCAUGGCUGCCGUCGCUCUGACUCUCGCCGAGAUCAGCAACGUCGCGCGCAAGAUGGCUCCCACCGCACUGACCGCCCUCAAAUCAGCCUCCCCUGCUGUCUUUGCCUUACUCUCCAGCCCGCAGUUCCUCAUCGCCGCGGGUGUCGGUCUGGGUGUGACCGUCGUCAUGUUCGGCGGAUACAGGAUCAUCAAGAGGAUCUCGGGCAACGACACCGAGGCUGCUCCAAACCCUCAACAACCCGAGCCCGAAAUGGAAAUGGAAGAUAUGAUGGAGCUUAACACGGAAGCCCUCAGCUCCGUCGACAUGUGGAGACGUGGUGUCGCAGACGUGCAAGCCGCGAGCGUGGGAACCUCCGUCGAUGGCGAAUUCAUCACACCAACCGCCGCAGCCAUGUCCGGCAUCGAUGUAACCACCGCACGAGCCCGUCGCGAUCCGCGCUUCAAAUUCGACGAUGACGGCUCGGUCGCCUCAUCCCGGCGCUCUCGUCGUUCUCGAUCAUCUCGCGCCCCAAAUCAUGCCCCCUCAGAGCAUCGCAGUGAACGUCGCUCAAGGGCUCCUCCCUCCGAGGCCCCAACUGGAUUCUUUUCUAGACCUUCCAAGUCCAAAGCUCCAUCCAAGGCCCCAAGCAGAGCACCAAGCCGUGCCCCCAGUCGCGCACCCUCAAAGGCCGGAACAUACAUCUCCGAAAGCGAGAAACUUCCCAAACCAAAGGAGAAGAAGAAGGGCCCUAGCCGCUUACGACUUAUGUUUACGUCCUAA